AUUAAGUGAUUUUCAGUGCACCAAGAACUCGAGUCAACUGUAGAUCUGCAAUUUACAUUUCCCGUGAGUGUUACUAAAUUCAAGGCUCAUCAUGAAGGCAAUUACGUUCUUCUUAAUUACGAUCCUGUCAUAUACAUUGGCUAGCCAGGAGGUGGACGUCAGGGCGUCUGUCUACGAGGUGAAACCGAAGAUUAAUCAAUGGCUAUUCAUCACGACGUCUUCAGAGAAAACAAUAGAGCAAGUGGUAGUCCAGAAGCCAAUCACCGCUGAUGAUGAAUUAUCGAUCGAGUAUAAUAUCACUAACAAGGACGACAAGGUGUUAGGACAGGGUUCAGGUCCAUUCUGUUCCAAUCCUGCAUCCAAGGACGGAAUAAUCGUCAGUCUGCUAUCACAAUUCUUGGGGAUCAAUCUGGAGUGUCCAGUAGAACAGAAACAAGUCGAGAAGCCUCCCAAUAUAGUCUCUGGGAAAAUUGUUGUGGAUGAAAAUCCGGGAAAGCAUAAAAUCUUCAUAGAAAUGUCCAUCAAAAAAGGUACCGCCUCUCUUAUUACUGUAAGCGUUUCCGGUAGAGCCAGUGAUCUCCAGUAAUUUUCCGUGGAAUCUGAUAGAUGUAUUAUUUAAAUAUUUAUCCACCGAUGAAAUAUUAUCCUGACAAAUAAAUAUUGGACACGAAAAAAAUUCCAUCUAUUG